AUAAGCCUCCGCGGCUCGCCCUCCUCCUUCCUUUCCUCCCCGAGAAGCCGCUGGUGCUACAGCCGCCAUCAUGGGAGUAGAUAUCCGCCACAACAAGGACCGCAAGGUGCGGCGAAAGGAGCCCAAAAGUCAGGAUAUCUACCUGAGGCUUUUGGUGAAGCUUUACCGCUUCUUGGCCCGUCGUACUGACUCCAACUUUAACAAAGUGGUACUGAGACGUCUGUUCAUGAGCCGCACCAACAGGCCACCGCUUUCCCUGUCCCGCUUGAUCCGUAAAAUGAAGCUUUCUGGCCGUGAAAACAAAACUGCUGUGGUGGUAGGAAGCAUCACCGAUGAUGUCAGGAUUCAGGAUAUCCCCAAACUGAAGGUUUGUGCACUUAGAGUGUCCAGCGGAGCUCGUAACCGAAUCCUUAAAUCUGGAGGGCAAAUCAUGACUCUUGACCAACUGGCUCUCGCCUCCCCUAAAGGCCAGAACACCGUUCUCCUGUCAGGGCCCCGUAAGGGACGUGAGGUGUACAGACACUUUGGAAAGGCUCCUGGUACCCCACACAGUCACACCAAGCCCUACGUUCGUUCUAAGGGUAGAAAGUUUGAGCGUGCCAGAGGACGCAGAGCCAGCAGAGGUUACAAGAACUAAACUCCCUGUCCAUGCUUUGUACACAAUAAAGAUGUUAUGUCUUUACAAA